UUCAUUUUUUUCACUCCCAAUCGAAUCCAAUUCUCACUCCAUCCAACUUGUUCACCUCCAUUGAAAAAAGCUUCCAUUUCUCUCUCUUACCUCCAUCAAUGGCGAUAGAGAGAGAAACUAACACUUGUAAUUCACGCCAAUUCUCACUUUUCAUCAAAUCUUGUUGUCCAAACCCAAACAACCCAUCUCAACCCAUCAUUCCAUUACCUCAAACCACCACAAAGCCUCCAAAAACUAAACUAUUUUCUUCAAAAACCUCCAUUGCUACCCUUCCUGAUGAUCUUCUCUAUGAAAUCUUAUCUAGGGUCCCACUUUCUACUCUCCCUUCGAUUGCCGCCGUCUGUCGCCGUUGGGCCCACCUGCUUCAAUCUUCUACUUUCUCUCUCCUCCGUCGUAACUACCGUCUUCUUCACUCUACUAUAUUCGCGUUUUCUCUCUCUUCUGUUUCUACUCUUCGUUUGUUCGUAGAACCUUCUUGGAAACUUCCACCGCAAAACGACGUCGUGAUAGGGGGUGUACAUUUUCACACGGAUUUCUCGCACGCCCGUGUUGUUGGUAUUGGGAGGAAGAUUUUUAUAAUUACCCGGUCUAAUUCUUUUGUUUUUGAUCCUUGGACUGGGUUAGUCAAAACCCGGUCUGGACCGUUAUUUCCUAGGAAACGGUUUGCUGUUGCGGUGGUUGAUGGAAGAAUCUACGUGGCGGGUGGGUCCCUACGUGCUUCAGCUGUGGAAGAGUAUGAUCCCCAUGUGGACGAGUGGCGCGUGGUGGGUACCGCCCCGAGGAGGAGGUACGGUUGUAUUGGUGUAGGGGUGGAUGGCGUGUUUUACAUUAUAGGCGGCUUAAUGAUCGGUGGCGCGUUCGAGUUACGCGCGGCCGAGGCACGUGUGUGUGCUAGCUCUAUGGACUUGUAUGACGUGGAAGCACGUGGGUGGUUGAGGAGUCGGGCGAUACCCGGUGGCGGGUGUGUGGUGGCGGCUUGUGGGGCGGAGGGGUGUGUAUACUUGCUUGCGAGCCACGCGGUUGAAUUGUCGUUUUGGCGGUUUAAUGGGAGGAGGAAAGGCGAGAAUGGCGGUGGGUUCGGAGAGUGGUGUCGGAUGAGGAGUCCGCCAUUGCCGGCGCAGGUUCGACUCGACGGAACGGUGAGGUUUAGUUGUGUAGGGGUGGAGGAUAAGGUGGUUUUGAUACAAGUAAUGGGGUGUAUUGAUGAUUUGUUGAGGAGAAGUGGUAGGAAUGGUAGAGGGUAUAAAGAAGGGCUAGUUUUAGUGUUUGAUUGUGUCACUGAGGAGUGGAGUAGAGGGCCUGAUUUACCUGAAGUGGUGCAAAGGGCAGCUUGUGUUUGUGUUGAGUGCUAGUAAAGAUUUGUGUAAAAUCAUAUAUAGUCUUUGUAUUUUUGGAAUUUGUAUAAGUAAUUUGUGGAUUGAAUCAUGUCUAAUUGUCUACUUCUCCGUUCGAUUGUACCUGCUAUUGAUAAUGAUAUUUUUUCACACGAUAUGUUAAAUCGAGUGCGAGUAUUAUAGAACGGAGAAAGUAUUAUAUACGUUUUUUCAUUGUAACGAUCAGGAAGCCACUUUUAUAGUUGUUUCAUGGUUAACAUAGAUGGGUUUGAUGCCAUUAUGAUUUAUUUACAAUGGUGAUAAUCUUAAUGAUCUUUACUUAUACAUAGUAUUUUGCCCAAUGUAAAUAGGGCUUUAGGUUAUAUACUUAUAUCCAUAUUGUGGAAUGUGGAUGUUACAAAUGUAUGUUUCAUUCAUUGAGAAAUUUGGUACUUAGAAGUUUAUUGGUAUUUUUAGUAC